UUUUACAAAACCCGGAAGCGACAGAGGAAGGUUAGAGUCGGCUGAAUUUGUGUUUGUUUUUAGGAUUCAAAGUUAUGAUUUAGAGCUGUUAAAUGCUUAGACAUAUGUUUAUGUAUAUCGACAUUGUUAACUACUGUUCAGUUGGUGUUUCAGAAUGAUACAGACUUUGAAAGGUAUGAGACACUUAAUGACAUCGUCUACAAUGAAACAUGCAGUUUCAGAGUUCAACAUGCCCGUGCCAUGGGGAGAAAUCAAAGGCAAGGUCUGGGGUCCUGACCAUGGCUGUCCUGUACUUUGCCUGCACGGGUGGGCUGACAACUGUGGAACAUUCAACACCCUUGUACCCUUACUGCCACAAGACUUCCGGUAUGUAGCCGUAGACAUGGCUGGCCACGGCCUCUCCUCCCAUCGUCCUCCUGGGGUCUUUUAUUCCUUUCCCUCGUACGUGGCGGACGUUCGACGAGUUGUUGACGCUCUCCAGUGGAAGAAGUUCUCCAUCAUAGGGCACAGCAUGGGAGGCAAUAUAGCAGGAAUGUUCAGUGCCUUGUAUCCAGAGAUGGUGGAGUCGGUAGUGCUGCUAGACUCUUAUGGAUUCUUACCCACAGAUCCGGAAGAAAUUGCGCGGGUGAUGAGACAGGGCUUUGAUGAAAUGCUCCAGUUUGAUAAAAAGAGAGAGGAGAUGAAGGAGAGGUUGUACACCCAUGAGAAAGCCGUGCAGAGACUCAUGGCUGCAAACCCCAAUCUGUCCGAGCAGUCUGCUUGCAUUCUUUUAGAACGAGGCCUCGCUGAGGUGGAAGGGGGAGUGGUUUUUACCCGUGACGUUCGGAUCAAUAUGAAAAACAUCGAACGAGUCAGUAUGGAACAGUGUCUAGAGUUGAAGUCACUGAUACAAGCUAAAGUACUAGUUGUACUAGCUGACGAGGGCUUUGAGAAGUUCUUUUCGGAACCCGAUCAGAAGAAAUUUACCUCUGCUCUUAUUCAAGGCUACAAGGAUCACAAAGGCAUCGUGAUGACAGUCCCCGGAGAUCACCAUGUCCACCUGAACAGUCCUGAGAGAGUGGCCACAUUCGUCGCUGAUUUCCUCCAGUCCAACUCUACCUCAUACGUCUCUGGAGAGGAAGUCGCCAAGUUAUAACAGACACAAACACUUUACCAGCACACUCUCUUACACAGUUUAGCCAGUGAAGCCCAGCCCUUUGUAAGUGACGUCGAUGUCAGCGAUGACCACGGCCAUCACCCUCCUCAAGGUGUCCUGCCCAGCCGCAUCCAGCCCGGCCUUUUCCCCCAUGACCUUGGCGAUGACCUCAGUGAUAAGCUAGUAUGAAAACAGACCAAAUAUUUCUCCUCAAUAUUUCUUAUUGAGGAGAAAUGGAAAAAUUUACAGAAAUAAUUGACUGCAUAAUGGUAACGUGAUUAUGGUUACUGUAUGGUGUGAAUGGGUAUAUGAAUAAAAUA